AUGUCUGGACGCGGAAAGGGCGGAAAGGGACUCGGAAAGGGUGGAGCUAAGCGUCACCGUAAGAUUUUGCGUGACAACAUUCAGGGUAUUACGAAGCCCGCCAUUCGUCGUCUUGCUCGCCGUGGAGGUGUGAAGCGUAUUUCUGGUCUUAUCUACGAAGAGACUCGUGGUGUCCUGAAGAUCUUCCUUGAGAACAUCAUUCGCGACUCGGUAACAUAUACCGAACACGCUAAGCGGAAAACAGUUACUGCCCUCGAUGUCGUCUACGCCCUGAAGCGUUCAGGCCGGACGCUGUACGGCUUCGGCGCAUAG